AUGGUGAAUCGACAACAACUGCGGCAGCAAAGGAUUACGUCGGCGGCGAUGAUCGUGGCCAAAGAGGAAGACAAUGAUGGGAUGCCUACAAAAGAUAGGCUUGCUCGGUUUGGGUUGAUUGUUGAUAAUGUAUGUGGCUUGUGUGGUACUGGAGUGGAGUCUCGUGACCACCUUUUUAUUGAUUGUUCUUAUGCUAAGGGUGUUUGGAGAGCUGUGUUGAGUGCUUGUGGUCUCUCAUAUGUGGCAUGCACCUGGGUUGAGCAUCUUCACUGGCUACUGGCUAAUCUCAAGGGAAAAACCCUUAGAGUUCGUGUCCUUAAGCUUGCGUGGACUGGGUUUCGCUACCUUAUUUGGGAGGAACGCAACCAUAGAUAUCAUUGA